AUGACGACCUCUCCCAUUACAUACGGGAACGGCCACUACCCAAAUGGCCACACGUCUAAUGGCGUCAAUGGCACAAGCAGUGUGAACGGUGCUAAUGGCACCAAUGGAAUAUACUCGACAGCGAAUAAGUCGCGACUCCGGCCGGCCGUGCCGGACGAAGUUCAAGACCUAAUCUGUGUUGGCUUUGGCCCUGCCAGUCUUGCGGUUGCUGUGGCUGUCCAUGAUGCGCUUGAGGCGGGAACACUGGCAGCGCCGCCCAAGAUCCUGUUUCUCGAGAAGCAGCACGGGUUCGCCUGGCAUGCUGGCAUGCUCCUGCCCGGCGCCAAGAUGCAAAUUUCUUACAUCAAGGAUCUGGCCACGCUCCGCAACCCGCGUUCUGCUUUCACCUUUACAAACUAUCUUCACGCGAAUGGGCGUUUAGUCGACUUCACCAACCUCGGCACCUUCCUCCCUGCUCGUGCCGAGUAUGAGGACUACCUCCGCUGGUGUGCAAGUUCGUUCGACGAGUCCGUGAUCUACGAUAGAGAGGUCUUGGCCGUCGAUGCUGAUGUACAGGACGGCCAAAAGAUACAGAAAACCGCAAACGACACUGUCUCUACAUUCCGCGUCGUGGCCAGAGAUGUCACAUCUGGAAGUGAACAGCUCUACCGAGCACGCAAUGUGCUCAUUGCCACAGGCGGCAAGCCGUCACUGCCGGUGUGCCUGUCCGCAUCCCACCCACGCGUCAUUCAUUCCUCUCAGUUUGCCCACCUUGUGCCGACAAUCCUCGACAACCAGCAGGCCCCGUACCGCGUGGCUGUCGUUGGAGCCGGCCAGAGUGCAGCUGAGAUCUUCAACAAUGUCCAAGAGUUGUAUCCGAACUCGCAGACCUUUCUUGUGAUGCGGUCCGAGUUCCUCCGCCCCAGUGACGACUCUCCGUUGUAA